AUGCAUUCAGAGAAGAUGUGUAGUGAAUUGGAACUGAAGACGAGCACGACCGAGACGGAGGUGUGUGGGUUCUCGUCGUUGCCAGAUGAGCUGGUCGUGAACAUCCUGGCCAAUGUGUCGAGAUUAGACCUCAUGGCCUUAGGUAUCGUCUCGAGGAGACAACGGUAUGCCGCAGCGACCCCUGCUCUCAGGGACUUGAGAUAUCUGGUGGGUACCUGCGACCCAUAUCUGUACGUGUUUAUGCACCUGUACCCAGAUCCAAUCCCACGGUGGUUCAUCCUCCACCCCAUGCAACGUCGGCUGAAACCGGUCCACUCGAGCUUGGUUCCGGUCCCGGAAGCAGGAUCCUGUUUCGUGUUUACGGACUGGGGGAUCUGUUCUAUGGGUGGACUCGUGGACGGCAAACCCACAUCGGAAGUCUGGUUUUUCGACUGUAUCGACCACACGUUGUACCCCGUUUCGCCCAUGAAGAUGGCUCGAUCCGGUGCAUCGGCGAGCCUUGUUGACGGGAAGAUAUACGUGUUUGGAGGGUGCGGGGACGAUGUCGCCGAUUCCUCAAACUGGGCUGAGGUGUUUGAUUUCGAGACCGAAACUUGGGAGUUGCUGUCUGUGUCUACGUCCAAGACGCCCCUCAAGAUCCAGCAAAGCGUGGUGGUGAUGGAGGAGGAGGAGGAGCAGGUUUACGCUGUGGAUGAGGAUGGUCAGUUCUUUUCCUUCUCACCGAGUAAACGCAUGUUUGUGGCGGACGGAGAAACAGAGUCGAACCCGGAGUACAGAAACCACUGGCUUUACUUUGAUCAGGUAUUGUUCUGCCGUGGUACCGGCGGGAGGAUACUGUGGCGUUUGCCAUGUGAGUUGGAUUGGAAGGAAGUGAAGGGCUUGGAGGAGCUGCAGCAGCGACACUCUGGUUAUGAUAUCAUCAAACUCUGCAUCUACUCUGCUGAGAGGAUCGUCAUCUUCUGGAAAGCCCUGCCUCAUCAGACUUCUGGAAAGACCUUAACUUGUUAUAUGCUGCUCCUGUCUAUGCCUGAAUAUUCUCAAUCAUUGUUUUUAGGUAUAUUUUGUGCGUGUGAUUUAUAUAAUUUGCAAUUGAGUCGGAAGUAUUUACGAUUAUACAACAUUACAAAUGAUUUUUUAAUCCUCUAUGCCAAGACCAUAUGA